AUGUCGGAAAUGAUCACUCUUCCUUCCAGCCUGUGGGCCCAGGCCCUGGUCACUCUGGGUCUGCUUUUUGUGAUAAAGCUGAUUUCAGAUGUGUUCUUUUCGCGUUUGAGAUCCAUCCCUGGCCCAGCGUUGGCCAAGAUCACUGAUUUUUGGCGCGCGUCUCACGCAUAUGGUGGACGUAUUGAUCUGAAGAAUGUUCAAUUACACCGGAAAUAUGGCACAGCGGUACAGGUCGGGCCCAAUUGCAGUGAUAUGUACCGCCCCAAUGAUGUGCUGCUCGAAGGCCAUCGAAUGUCGAAUCUCUUCAAUACCCAGGAUGAAGAUUGGCACAACCAGAACAUCCGACCUAUUCGGAGCCUUUGGUCCAUGACUAAGGUUCUGGAAUACGAGCCUUUUAUCGAUGAAACAAUAACCAAGUUUGUGGACAAGCUAGCGCUGAGAUUCGUCGAUGGCGAUAACGCAGGAAAGGUUUGUCCGGCAGAUGAAUGGAUUGGUUUCUUCGCCUGGGAUGUCACCGCCAACUUCAGCUUUGGCCGGCACUAUGGAUUCAUUGAUCAGGAGAAGGAUGUCGACAAUUUGAUCACGGACUCGACUGCUGGCCUGAGAUACUUCGCACCGGUCUCUCAAAUCCCGUGGAUUGACAACAUCCUCGACAAGAAUCCGAUUAAGCGAAUUGGGCCCAAACCCACCUUGACAGGUGUCCUGUACGCCUUCAAAGUCGUCGCCGAGUAUCAAGCUCAGCUCGCUGAAAAGAAAAUAUCCGCCGGUAUUGUCGACCACACGCUGGACAAAUACGUGCAGCUGAAAGAAACGUACCCCAACAUGGUCGACGAUAAUCAGAUUGUCAACUGGCUGAUGCUGAGCAUUCUUGCUGGGGGCGACACGAGCUCUGCCACCAUGCGUGCUGUCGUUUACUACCUAGCCAAUCAAACUUGCCACCGAACUCCAAGCCGCCGGUAUCUCUUCCCCGCUCCAUGGAAGGAGAUCCGCGACCUGCCGUACUUGGAUGCCGUCAUUCGUGAAGCUCUGCGCAUCAACCCCGGCAUUGCCAUGAUCUUCGAACGUGUCGUUCCAGAGGGUGGGUUCACGCUUCCCGAUGGACGAUAUCUCCCUGCAGGCACCAAGGCCGGGAUCAACCCCUUUGUCACUAACCGUGAUUUCGGAGUGUUCGGAGAUGACGCCGAUGACUUCAACCCGGACCGCUGGCUACAGGGCAAGGACGAAAGCCCGGGAAACUUUGAGGAUCGCCUGCGUCGGAUGAAGGAUACUGUCGACCUAUCUUUUGGUGGUGGAGGCCGCGUUUGCAUGGGCCGGUAUCUCGCUAUGUUAGAGAUCAAAAAGUUGAUCGCAUCGCUGUACAGCUUGUUCGAUAUUCAACUGGUGGACCCCAAACAUGAAUGGAACUACCAAAAUGCCUGGUUCGUGUAUCAGUACGAUAUGCCCAUGGUAAUUCGGCGCCGAUGA